GCUGGGACUGACAGUGGACAGAGACCUGGAGCCAGGGCAGCGAGAAGGUGCCUGACAGCCAGCAGAACAGAACCGAACCGAACAAGAAGCUCAAGAGGAACGACAGAGAUUCAGGCCACAUCUGCUACAGACCCCAAGUACCCCAUCAGCCAAGGAGGACCCACUACAGAUGGCUGACACCCAGAUGCAGGUGACCCCCACACCAACCAUCCCGAUGUCAACUGCAGAGGACCUGCCCCUCCCUCCACCCCCUGCCAUGGAGGACCUGCCACUGCCACCCUCCAAGGAGUCCUUCUCCAAGUUCCACCAGCAGCGGCAAGCUAGUGAGCUCCGCCGUCUCUACAGGCACAUCCACCCUGAGCUCCGCAAGAAUCUGGCUGAGGCCGUGGCCGAGGAUCUAGCCGAGGUCCUGGGCUCUGAGGAGCCCACCGAGGGUGACGUCCAGUGCAUGCGCUGGAUCUUUGAGAACUGGCGGCUGGAUGCCAUUGGAGAUCAUGCGAGGCCAGCUGCCAAGGAGCGUGUGCCAGGUGGCGAUGUCCAGGCCACCUCCCGCAAGUUUGAGGAAGGUUCCUUUGCCAACAGCAUAGACCGGGAGCCAGCCGGACCCCAGCCAUCCAGAGGGGAUGUUCGUGCAGCCCGCUGGCUCUUUGAGACGAAGCCAUUGGAUGAGCUGACAGGGCAGGGUGAAGGACUAGAGGCUACUGUAAGGGAGCCUGCAGCCAGUGGAGAUGUACAGGGUACCAGGAUGCUGUUUGAGACACGGCCACUGGACCGCCUGGGCUCCCGCCCCUCCAUCCAGGAGCAAAGCCCCUUGGAGCUGCGGUCAGAGAUCCAGGAGCUGAAGGGUGAUGUGAAGAAGACAGUGAAGCUGUUCCAAACGGAGCCACUGUGUGCCAUCCAGGAUGCAGAGGGUGCCAUCCAUGAAGUCAAGGCUGCAUGUCGGGAGGAGAUCCAAAGCAAUGCGGUGAGGUCUGCCCGCUGGCUCUUUGAGACCCAACCUCUGGACGCCAUUAACCGGGACCCCAGCCAGGUGCGGGUGAUCCGGGGGAUCUCCCUGGAGGAGGUGGCCAGACCUGAUGUCAGCGCAACCCGCUGGAUCUUUGAGACACAGCCCCUGGAUGCCAUCCGGGAGGUCUUGGUGGACGAGAAGGAUUUCCAGCCAUCCCCAGAUCUUAUCCCUCCUGGUCCGGAUGUUCAGCAGCAGCGGCAUCUGUUUGAGACCCGAGCUCUAGACACUCUGAAGGGGGAAGAGGAGGCUGGAACGGAGGCCCCACCCAAGGAAGAAGUGAUCCCUGGUGAUGUUCACUCUACCCUGUGGCUAUUUGAGACAAAGUCCCUGGAAACUCCCAGAGACAAAGUCCAAGUGGGUCACCUGCAGCGGGUGGGUCCCCGGGAGGGUGAGGGGCUCAUUUAUGAGCAUCUGUCCAGUGAUGGCUCCUCAGCAUUGCCCCUCUCUCAGAGUGCCCCCCAGAGGGACGGGGUGAAGGGGGAUGUGAAGACCUUCAAGAACCUAUUUGAGACCCUUCCCCUGGACAGCAUUGGACAGGGUGAGCCUCUGGCCCAUGGGAAUGUGAGCAGAGCAGAAGGAACUGAUUCUGCAGGGCAGUCCCAGGGCAUAGGGUCCCCAGUAUAUGCCAUGCAGGACAGCAAGGGCCACCUCCAUGCCCUGACUUCUGUCAGCAGAGAGCAGAUAGUUGGAGGUGACGUGCAGGGCUACAGGUGGAUGUUUGAGACACAGCCCCUGGACCGACUGGGCCGAAGCCCCAGUACCAUCGAUGUGGUGAGGGGCAUCACUCGGCAGGAAAUGGUGGCCGGGGAUGUUGGCACUGCUCGGUGGCUUUUUGAGACCCAGCCCCUAGAGAUGAUCCACCGGCGGGAGCAGCAGGAACGAGAGGAAGAAGAAGGGAAGAGUCAGGGAGGCCCUCGGCCUGAGACAACCCCAAAGGGCGAUGUGCAGACCAUCCGGUGGUUGUUCGAGACAUGUCCAAUGAGUGAGUUGGCGGAGAAGCAGAGGUCAGAAGCCACAGAUCCCACAACCAAGGCUGAGGCACGGUCCUGCACCUGGAUGUUCAAGCCCCAAACCCUGGAUAGGCCAGAGGGCUCCAGGGAGCAGCACCUGCAGGUUAGCCAGGUCCAGGCUGGGGAAAGAGAGACAGAGGGACAUGUCUUUGAGACUGAGCCUCUGCAGGCCUCAGGCCAUCCCUGCGGAAGAGGGCCUGUGCGAUACUGCAGCCGGGUGGAGAUCCCUUCAGGGCAAGUAUCUCGUCAGAAGGAGGUUUUCCAGGCCCUGGAGGCAGGCAAGAGGGAAGAGCAGGGGCCCAGGAUAACCCCUGGGCCCAUCCCUGUGGGUUCUGUGCACAAAUUCACCUGGCUCUUUGAGAACUGCCCCAUGGGCUCCCUGGCAGCUGAGAGCAUCCGAGGGGACAACCUCCAGGAAGAGCAGCCCACAAGCCCCUCAUGCAACAGGGAACUAGAGAAGCAGGAGACUGCAGCCGAGGAGACCCUGCGGACUCUACAUGCCACACCUGGCAUCCUGCAUCGUGGAGGCAUCCUCAUGGAGGCCCGAGGGCUGGGAGAACUCUGCCUUGCCAAGUACGUGCUCCCAGGCCCAGGGCAGGGGUGCCCCUACAUACGGAAGGAGGAGCUGGUGUCUGGAGAACUUCCCAGGAUCAUCCGUCAAGUGUUACGCCGGCCAGAUGUGGACCAGCAGGGGCUGCUGGUGCAGGAGGACCCAGCUGGUCAGCUCCAGCUCAAGCCACUGAGACUGCCAGCUCCAGGCAGCAGCGGGAGUAUUGAAAACAUGGACCCCGAGUUCCAGCAGCUGCUGGCUUGCAGCCUUGGGGCCUCCGUGGCAAGAACAGGGCUGGUGAUGCAGGAGACAGAGCAGGGCCUGGUUGCACUGACCGCCUACUCGCUACAGCCCCGGUUCACCAGCAGGACCCCCGAGAGGAGCAGUGUGCAGCUGCUGGCCAGCUGCAUAGACAAAGGAGACCUGAGUGGCCUGCACAGUCUGCGGUGGGAGCCACCGGCUGACGCAAGUCCAGUGCCAGCCAGCGAGGGCUCCAGACACCAGAGGCUGCCCCCAACUGAGAGCAUCAUUCAUGUUCCCCCACUGGACCCCAGCAUGAGGAUGGCGCAUGUGAGAGGCCCAGGAACCACCCUCUGCCCACCUCAGACCAUUGGAAAGGCAGUCCCUUUGGCUGGGGAAGCUGCAGCCCCAGUCCAACUGGAGAACACGAAAAAGCAUGAAGACAGUCACACUGGACAGAAAGGGAUGGCAGCCUUGGGAAAAUUAGGAGCCACAGCUAUGCCCCUGGAGCCGGGGGCCCCAAACCUCCUGGCCGCCAUGCAGAGUCUGCAGAUGGCAACAGCUGAGGCCCAAAGCCUGCAGCAGCAAGUUCCAAACAAGCACAAGGAGGGCCCCACCCCUGCAGCCACGUCCAUGCCCGAGCAGGAUGGUCGUCUGCAAGCACCAGCCAUGACCACUGGGACUACCCAGAGCAACACCAGGCCUGUGGUUGGAGGUGACCCCAGGAUCCCAGCAGCCCCCAGAAAGGUCAGUGGGGAAGAGAAAGCUCUGCCCAGAGGGCUGUCUGGUGGGUGGGUGAUGAUUCAGGAUGGCGUCUACACUGCUCACCCUGUGAGGACAUUUGACCCACCAGUGGGUGUCCAGCCUUCUGAGAGGGAACCUGAGCCAAAGGGCAGGGAGACUGCCCUCUCAGCCCAGGCUUCCAGCCCACCCCAGCAAGGCCCAGGUCAGAGUCUUGGGCCAGGGCAGGAAGUGUCUGGGGGCUGCACACAGAGAACCUGGGGACCUCCAGGGAAAGUGAUGGCAGAAGUCUGCCCAGGGGCCCUCCAAGCUGCAGAGACCACCCCAAAGACUGCCCCUUUAGCCCGCCACACUCUGGCCUCUGGGCCCCAGGCUGCAGGUGUCAGCCUGCACUCCCAUAAUGCCUCUGUUCCUCCCCCUCCUACUCUCCCAGCUGCUGUGACAGGACCUGACUUCUCAGCCCAAGCCUGCCAUGAUGAGGACUCCAUCCAGCAAGCCUCCAAGCCCCUGCAGGACCCCCUUCUUCACUCCCACAGCAGCCCUGCUGGCCAGAGAACCUCUGUGGGGUCACAGAAAAAGACCCCAAAACUGGAGCCCCUCAUGCCCCCAAGGAAGAAGCCCCAGCUGCCCCCCAAACCUGCACACCUAACCCAGAUCCACCCUCCUCAGAGGCUGCCCAAGCUCUCAGCUCUAUCUCCUAGCUACUCCUUGGAGCUGGGGCAAGGAGAACACAAACAAGGUGAGACAAAUGCAGCCAUCCCUCAGCCAGCCAAUGUUCCCCCCACUGCAAGUCAGAGCUGCAUACCUCUAGCUGGAUGCCCUAGUGGACAGAGCCAGCCCAGCCCCCAACAUGGCCUCAGCACAAUGGCUCCCAGGCCCACCAAGAGUCAGGCUUCAGGCAGCUAUGCCCAGAGCCCUGAGGCCCCCAAUCUCAACACUCUCAACCGUAACACCAGCAUACCACAGCAGGGCCCCAGCCCCUCCAGAGAACAGCCCACAGAAGGUUCCAAGCAGGGGGCUCCUGAGAGCUCUGACAUUCUGCAGGGAAGUCAGCAAGAGCUCCAGGGCAUCCUGAGCCAGGUGCAAGCCCUGGAAAAGGAGGCCACCAGCAGUGUGGAUGUACAGGCCCUACGGAGGCUCUUUGAGGUUGUGCCCCAGUUGGGAGGGGCUGCCCCUCUAGCUCCUGCUGACCCUGGCAAGCCCGAGGCCUCCAUGCAACAGGCCUUUGGGGAACUGACGAGGGUCAGCACAGAAGUUGCCCGGCUGAAGGAACAGACCCUGGCCAGGCUGCUGGACAUUGAAGAGGCUGUGCACAAAGCCCUCAGCUCCAUGUCUAGCCUCCAACCUGCAGCAAACACCAGGGGCCAUUCCCAGGGACCCCAAAAGGACCACAGUGCCCACAAGGUCAGUGACACAGCCAGCAGUACAGCAAGGCCUAAUCACUCAGGCCAGGAGGUCAAGGAUCAACCUGCAGUCAAGAGCCAAGCCAAGGUUGGAUGCCAUCCCGAGGUCCAGAGUCAAGCCAAGGUCAGAAAUCACACAGAGGCCAAAGGUCAAGCAGCCUCAGCUGCCCCUCCCACCAGAGGGCUGGAGACAUGGAGAGAAGAUUUAAGCCUCCCUCGAGUCUUGCCUUCCAGGAGAGAUUCACCAUCCUCCCCUACCUUCAUCUCCAUCCAGUCAGCCACAAGGAAGACUCCUAAGGCUUCCAGCCCUAAUGGCAGCCCUGAUGUCUCAGUGAAAAGCACACACCUGGCUCAGGACCUGGGCCAGGCCCUGCUUCACCAGAGAGGUGGUCAGGACAAGGCUGGGAAGGAGGUCACCCAGUGCUCUGGACAGCCCAUGCCUGCCCCUGCCUCAAUCAGUCCCCUGCCCACAGGGCGGCAAAAGAAUGUUCUGGAGCUGCAGACUAGGCCAGGUGGUUUCCAGUGCUAUGGAGCCACAAGAACUAUGACCAAGCAGUAUGAGGAGGUGGACCAGUUCAGGAACACAGUCCUCACGUCCUCCACCACAGUCACAGAGCAAGCAGAGCCUUCCAGGAUCCCAGGCCCCCACCUCGGGCUCCAUGCUUCCCCCUUGCUGAGGCAGUUCCUGCACAGCCCAGCUGGGUUCAGCAGUGCCCUGGCAGAAGCUGAGAUGGUGCGGGUGCCCUGCAGCCACUCUCAGCCAGCUGACCAGUGAGCCUUUCCACCUCCCACCACAGCUUCCCACCCAUCACUGGGGUGCCUACCUCCAGGACUCCUGGACUGAAGUGGGUGCCUACCUCCUGCACACAUGAGGCAAGGAUCAAGAAGAAAGGGCAUCCUCUGAGGAUUAUUGUGGGCCAUUUCCCUUUUGUCAGUUCCAUCAGCAGGCCCAGUUCUUGAAAAAGGGGAAAGAAAGGUCAGAAAGAGGCUCAGCAAGUAGCACAGGCAUGGGGGUAGGAUGCAGGCUCCCAGCUGCUUAUGGAGGAUGUAAUAAGAAUAUGUACAGACACACACAUGCUUCUCACACAGGCCUGGCCCACGCACAAACACGUGUGAGUCUGCAUGCCACUGCCAGAAUUGGAGCACCACCUCCAGAGUGUCUCUCCACCCUCAGCCUUUAUUUCUUUUAUUACGAAUCUGAAUGUUCUCAGCCACCUGCUCCUUAAUCCCUGGAGAGGACCAAGGCCAGGUGGACACAGCAUUGGUCUCUGGGAUUGGUCUAAGAGCUCCAGAAGAAGCUGGCUGCCAGCCCCUUCAUCACCAUCAUUCAGCUGGUUAUCCUGGUGGCCCAAAGGUCACAUAAAAAGAGUCAGCAAUCAGCAAUGUUCCUAGAAACCAACUGCACUGACUUUUUCUGCACACCCCCCAUUCGGCACCCCAAAUGGGAAGGAUACAGUCUGAAUAAACUCAAGUUUUAUUCUCUA